GGGCUGGAGAGAAACUCGAGCAUCGACCACUUUCUUUUUUUCAACAACUUCUCCCCCGCGCCUUGGUCUGCCGAGAUAAUCCUUCUGCGUCCAUCCUUCCGUGCAGGACGGUGUGCAUCGACUACAGAUCCGUCGCCCUAUGAGCGUGAUCGGGACACAAAGCGUCUAUCAGGUUCUGUGAAAGCGGACACGGCGGAACGUUCCGGGUCCCAUCCGCGCAGAGCGCCACCUCCAGGAAGUGCACGAGAGCCCCGGAGGUGCGUAGGACCGAGGCCAGAUGAAGCCCGACGGGGUUGCCACGGCCGCCAUGGAGCCCAUGGAUACGGGGGCGGAGCCUGUAACCGAGGGCCCGCCCGCGGGGGAGGAGCCGGCGCAGGCCCCGCCCCCGGAGCAGCCGGGGGAGGCGGGGCCGAGCCCUGAGGAGACCACGGCGCCCCCGGUGGCCAAGCCGGGGAGCGGCGGUAAGGCCGCGGAGGCCAAGGCCAAGGCCAAGGGCCCCGCCAAAGCCAAGCCGGGGGCCGUCGGCUCCAAAACCGCCGCGGGGACGACCGGGCCCGGGGCCCGACCCGGGGCCGGCCAGAACCGGCCCGCCAACGGCGUUCAGAAGUCCCUGACCAACGGGGUGGGGAAGAAGACGGGCGUGGCCGCCCCCGAGAAGAAGGCCAGUCCCGCGGCGGCCGAGCGCAAGAGGACCACGCCCGCCGCCGCGGGGGCGCCGCCCAAACGGCCCGUCGGCACGGCGACCACGCCCUCCAAGAUGGCCGACAGGAAGCCGGCCGGGGCAGCCAGGCCCGCCUCCUCGCCCGCGGCGGCCAACGGGGCGAAGACGGCCGCCGCGGCGUCACCGGCGGCCAAGAAGGCGUCUGCGGGACCGAGCGGGGACGCCAAGACAAAGCCCAAAACCGCGGGUCCCAGACCACCCUCCACCGCAGCCUCCAAACCUGCCACCACUGCUGCGGCCAAACCCGAUAGGCCGCCCAUUUCCAAGACAACCAGGCCAGCCACUGCUCCAGCGACUCGCCCCACGUCCACGUCGACCGCGACAAAGACCGCAUCCUCAGCCAAACCGGCCCCCUCCAGACCGGGGGCCACAGCGCCCUCUGCUGGCCGAACCACUGCAGCGCAGCCACCUAAAUCCACCACUCCUGCGAAGAAAGAUGUCAGCAAACCAACCACCCCGGCGGCCAAGAAGCCGCUGGCCACCCCGGCUCGGCCCUCUCCCGUCCGCGCGUCCAAACCGGACACUCCCAAAGCCGCCACGCCCGCCAAGCCGGACUCCGCCCUGAAGAAGCCCGCUCCUGGCGGGAAGGCGGCCGACGCCAAGCCCGCCCGGAAGCCGGAGGUGAAGGCCGCCGCAGCGAGUCCCCGGCCGACCGCGGCCAAGCCCGGCUCCACGCCGAAGGCCUCCACCCCGAGCUCCAAGAAGGCGGUGGGCAGCAGCACCCCCAUGCCCGUGAAGCGCGGCCCCAAGGCCGCACAGCUGGGCGCGGCCAAGGAGAAGGAGAAGGAGAAGGAGGCGGCGACCCCGGAGGGGCUUUUGGGCAUCCUGGCGGGAGCCGGAGCGGCCAUCAGCGCCGUGGCCGUCGCCAUGGUAGCGGCCGAACCGCCCACGGAGUCCGGCGUGAGUCCGGCGGGCCAGGAGGCCCCGCCCCCGCUCGCCGACGUCCCCGCGGCAACGCCCGUCGACCUCCUGGGCGACGUCGGCGAGGUGCCCUCCGCCCCGCCGCUGGUGGACGACCUCCCCCCGGUGGAUCCUUUCGCCAUUUCCGCGCCCGUCCUGGGCACCACGGUCCUGUCCCCGCCGUCCUCCCCGCCCGGGCCCACGCUCCUGCCCCCGCUCAGCCCCGCGGCCCUGCUGGACCAUCACGCCCCAGAGCUCCCGCCCUCCCCCAGCGCGGCUCCCCAACUCCCGUCCGAGAGCACGCUGAGAUCGCCGUGGGACGAUGAGGACCGCGGCGCCAGCCCUCCAGCAGGGGGUGACCGUGAGCCCCUGUCCCCGCGGGUCGAGGCCCUGCCGGCCGCGCCCGCGGACCUCACCCGCGCCGCCCUCCGCUCCCUGAGCCAGGAGCGCGAGGAGGCCGUGGAGAAGGCGGAGGAGGAGAUCAACGAGGACGAAGACGACGACGACGAAGACGACGAGGAAGAGGAGCGCGUGUCCGUGUCGGAGAUGAGCGGGACGCAGCCCACGGACGAGUCGCGGGCGGGCUCCGCGGGGCUGGGCGGCGGGGCCUGGCGGGCGGGCGCCCUGCUCUCGGAGCUCGACUCGGAGGACGUGAGCGGCAGCCAGCAGGGGGCGUCGGAGCUGAGCGCGCCCGGCCUGCUGGAGGGCACCGAGAGCACGGACGACCUGGGCGACACCAGCCUGAAGGGCGGGGAGGGCGACGGCGCCUCCGCCAGCUCCCCCGACAUCGAGACCGUGCCCGACAUCCCCGCCAACGAGGACGAGGAGGACGAGGAGGAGGAGGAGGAGGAGGGGGACCGCGUGUACGACAUGGACGUGGGCUCGGAGCGGGCCGAGGACCCGCGCCGGGGCCAGCGGGCGCGCCAGGAGGCGGAAGAGGAGGAGGAGGAGGAGGAGGAGGAGGAGGACGAAGACGUGGAGAUGGCGAGCGAGGGCGUGACGGAGAGCGGGCUGGAGAGCUACGGCAACGCCGACGAGGACGACUUCGCCGACGAGGACCGGCUGGACAACCUGAACCGCGCCGCCGCGGGGCCCCCCGUCCCGCCCGCCGGCCCCUGGGCGCAGAGCGGCCGCUCCUUCGCCGACCCCUGGGCCCCGGCCCCGCAGCUCAGCCCCGCCCGGCCCGACCCCUGGGCCGUGAACCCCGCCAUCCCCACGCCGCCGUCCCAGGCCUGGCUGGACCUGGGCGCCCCGCCGCUCCUCCUGCCGCCCCGCGCCGACGACCCGCAGCCCCCCGCCGGCCCGUCCCCGCCGCCCCUGCCCCCCCCGGCCGUGGGCCUGUCCCAGUCCAGCACGCUGAGCGGGCGGGAGCUGGCGGCGCGCAGCAGCAGCGAGACCAGCACGCCCGAGGAGCUGCGCGGCUACGACAGCAGCUCCGGGGUGGAGUCGCGCUCCGAGGGCAAGCAGGACACGCCGCUGCCCCGGGCCCAGCCGCCCGCCGAGGCCGCCGCCGAGCAGGACCUGGGCAUCCACCUGGAGCGGGGCGAGGAAGAGGAGGAGGAGGAGGAGGCCGAGGCCGAGACGCUCCCCGCCGACGAGGUCCUGGGCGGCCCGCCCACCGCGCCCGCCUCCUCCACGCCCUCGCCGUCCGACUCGGGCGACGAGGCGGGCAGCGACACCGAGGGGGAGAUGCAGAUCAACGAGUCGGACGCCCGCGGGCGCGGGGGCGUGCCGGGGCGGGGCCUGUCGGCGCUGGAGGAGACGGGGGAGGCGCCGGGCGGGGAGGCCGGCGACGAGGACGACGGCGGCACCCCGCAGUCGGGGAACUCGGCGGCGUCCUACGUCUUCGACAUCACGUCCACGUCCAACGCCCACUCCGCGGCGGAGAGCUGCGGCCGCAGCCCCGGCAUCUUCUCCCUGGAGAACGAGGACCAGCUGCCCGAGGAGGCCAAGGACCCCUCCCUCAUCAAGGAGCUCACGCUGCCCGCCGCCGCCCCCGUCCACCUGCUGCCGCUCGACGCCGAGCCCGGGGACGCCUACGCCCCGCCGGGCGAGGCCACGGAGCCCCGGGACCCCGCCGAAACCCAGCACCCGCCCCGCGACGCCCCGGACGCCCAGCCGCCCUACUACUCCGCCAUUUGCGAUAAGACUGAGAACUUUCUGGAAGGUAACGUAUAGUCCGCUCCACGACUCUCCUGCCCCGCCCCGAAAACCCCGAAACCCGCCGAAACCCUGCCCUGUGUUUGGUUCCUCUGUUCUCCGGGUGGUGGCUUGGGGAUUGGUUGGUGGGUCGGGGCGGGGCGGGGCGGGGUGCGGUCCAUGUUAGAAAGUAGGCAGGGUGAAUGUAGAAGGAGGGGAAGAUGAGAGAAAUGGGGUGGGAAAAAAAAAAGAAAAAAAAAAAACUAAACUCUAGGUGUAUCGUUGCCGCCCCCCUUUGUGAUAACACUAUGACAUCAUCAUGAUUAUAAGCAUAUGACUUAAACUCCUGUAUGUACCAUAGCUACUACCAUUUACCGUUUAGAGUUGUUUUUUUUUUUUAUUAUUUAGAUUUUAACACUGCUUAUUCACUGGUCCCGAAACUGGCAUGGAUUGACUGGUCUCUUAAAUAAAAUAAAAAAAGGAAGAAAAAAAAGAAAAGGAAAAAAAAAAAAGGUCUCUUGUGGCAAAGCUCAAAAAAAAGAAAAAAAAAAAAAAUGGAAUGGACUCUUACCUGUGUAUUUAUCCUACUGUUUUUACCGAACAAAUGUUAAUGGAUUUUUUUGUAUGUUUUAUUUUUGUCUCGUCAUUGACUUGUUCAGACCCCCGUUGUCCUGCCGAGUCUCCCCCCCCCCCCCCCCCCCUUCCAGAAUCUCUCCCUCCCUCAGAUAUAGGGUUAGACCCCCCCCCCUCUUUUUAAUUUCUGCCACCAGUUUAGCUUUAAAUAAAGAGUAGAUAUCUAACAUGCUGUUUUCUGUUCCCAGACGCAUAUUUAUUGCGGAGGGCUUGGGAGGGAGUUGCAUUGCAAGUCUUGGGUUUUCAAAGUAAAUCAGAGCUUCUGUGGAGAGUUUGCACAAUUCCCUGUCUCAGCUUUUAACAGUAUGCAUUGUUCAUAAUAAUAACAGUAGUAUGAAUGGUCAUCACUUAACAAAAAAAAAAAAAGUGUUUUUGUUUUUUUUUUUCUCCAAAAUUACAUUAAACAUCAUUUCAAGGUGUCU